AAUUUACAUGAGAACAUUCGUUUUGUGGGACAGUGAGAGUAUAAAUGGAUUAGAUUUAGAAAGUGAUAGUCUGGAAGCAGGGUUUGUUACUAAGGAGUGGUAUCACUGCCAUGUGAUACCACAAGACAGCUACCACGACGGAGAGAGACGGCAAAGACAAAAAGCGACCGAAAAGAAAACGAAUAUCCGAUAUGAGGGUUGACAUCCGCAGUUUAAAGUGUGCAUCUGCACUCCGCGCUGGCCUCAAAGCUGCAAUGUACGAAAGCAGCUGCUCCUACGCAGGAGCCUUAGAAUUAAAGAGAAGCGCAUUAAAGGAGGAGCCAUGGCCUGCCACAGAAUGGCCGCCUUACCGUCUUCAUCAGUCUACCUUCGAGCAGUUGAAACAGAGCGUGGAGAAGGCGAAAGCUGCCUUACAAGACAGGUCAGGACUCCUGGGCACGGCUACUGCCUUCGGUGACUUCUAUGGCGGGCAGCUGGGCCAGGAUGCCACUGGCUCCACGCUCGGCUUUGGACGGACGGCGAGGACAGAAGAGUCGAUGCUCGGGAAUAUGGAUAAAAAUAAAACUAUUGGUUCAGACAAGCUGUCUGGUGGGGUCGGUAAGGGGUACAACACACCGACACUGUCGGACACGCUACGGGCAACUAAGUGUUCAGAUGCCUCUUACAAAAGUACUUGGUCAACUCACGCUACGUCACAAGGUUCGCAAGGCUAUGGGUCCAAUACGAUUUCAGCAAUGUCGAAGUCGACGCUUGACGCGCACUCGCACUUACGUCAGCCAGACCCUUAUCAAAUGUUUGGCCCGACGAGUAGUCGACUCGCAAACUCAGGUUCGGGCCAGAUACAACUGUGGCAGUUCUUACUAGAACUCCUGAGCGACUCCAGUAACGCCGGCUGCAUCACAUGGGAGGGCACCAACGGGGAGUUCAAGCUCACGGACCCCGACGAGGUGGCCCGUCGGUGGGGAGAACGAAAGUCCAAGCCCAACAUGAACUAUGACAAACUCAGUCGCGCCCUCAGAUAUUACUACGACAAGAAUAUAAUGACAAAAGUACAUGGCAAGAGGUAUGCCUACAAGUUUGACUUUCAAGGGUUGGCUGCGGCCACGCAACCGGCGGCCAGUGACCCCGCUUACAAGUACCAGAGCGAUCUGUUCAUGAGCUCGUAUCACCACUCGGCGAAGCUCUCGUCGUUCAUGUCGCCACACGCGGCGAUGCCAACCUCCACAGCAUCAAUAUUCCCGUCGGCGUCUUGGGGCAACUGGGGCGGCGGAGGGAGCAACUUGUACUCGCCCCACUCCAUGGCGCCUCCCCACGUGCCGUCACACCUAGGAUCCUACCCGCAUUAUGCAUGACCAAUUUAAUUUUAUCAUAAUUAUUUCAUUAAUUCAAUACGUCUUAUAAUUUAACGUAAAACCCAUAAUUUUUAAUUCUUUACUAUUUAUUGGCAGCAUAAAAAGAAAUAAUUUUAGUGUUAAAUUCAGAAUUUAGUUUAAUUUUUACGUGCGUGGUAGAAAUUAUUAUAAUUCGUUUCGGUUUCGCUCAUGAGUUCAUACGUUAUAUAUAUAUGUAAUGUACUUCUUAAAAUGUUUCCUUCAUAAAUUAUGUAUAUAUUUACAUUAUCAAAUAUUGCAACAAGCAAUAUAUAUUUUUUGAUAUUUCAAUCGAAGGAACCCUUUUGAAAUAUCUUUUAUUAUAUAGCUAUCUAAUAAUCUGUAAACUGAUUACCAUUUAUUCUGAAAUUUUUAUAGUUUUAAAUCCAUUUUGAUAACAGGUAGGUACUUUUAUUUUACUUUUAUUGUAAAAAUCAAAUAUUUUAAUGUUAUCUUCAGUCAUGAAUGUAUUUUUCUUCUGAUAAGCGUCUGAUGGACCGCAACACUAGUCUUUUAUCAAAGAAUGAUGUAAAUAAUAGAUACUCAUUAAAAUAAGUAGAAUUAUUCGUUUAGGAUAACAAAAUAAAUGAAAAAAAAUUGGUCGUACGAAAAGUAUGGUGAAAAUAACGAAUACUUCUUGUUUACAAGCUGAUCAGUGUGUUUUGCAAUAACAUUUCAAAUAUCUUAUUGGUUUCCAAAAUACUGACAAGAAACGCAAUUUCUUCACACAAAACAUCGUCACUUUGACACCUUCAGCUUUGAACUGUACGUAGGUUAUAUACUUAAAUAUAAGUACGAGCAGUCGUACUCAUAUGUAAGUAUUUUAGAUUGGCCUCGUAAUUUCUGAACAGUGUUAUCGUCCAAUAUCGACUCUUCCACUUUGAUUUUCAGAUUUAUUUUCUUAAGUUAUUGCAAAAUGACCUCAGAAAAGUAUUCGCUAAUAAAAAAAAUAAGCACAAUCGCCACGUAUAGUUAACGAUUGGUGAUAUUAUACUCAGUAUUAUUGAACUUAUUAAAUAAAUACUUAUAAGCAGAACUGUUUUAUUAAAUCCCAAAUGAUUUCUAUUGCGAACAUAAACUUGAGAUAAAAAAAAAAAAUAUCAAAGCUCAAAAAUGUUGUGCCACUAUAAGUAUGCUGAGGUAAAGUCGGCCGAUUUGUCGAAACGCAGGUUGUAACAUUUUCUUACGUCGUCAGCCUUUUUUGUACAUAUUAUUGUAAUCAUCAGUAUUACAAAGAAGCAAUAACCACAUUGUAUUCCUAUGUUAUUGCUGAUUACAUUAAUUUUUAAAUACAUAAAGCUUUACUAUGUUUCCGAUUCUCAAUCAAUUUUUAAUUCGCCUUAUUUCUUGGAAGGCGAAAAAAGGUAAAAAAGACAAUGUUUUUUAAUUUGAUAUAUUUAUUAAAAAUAUUUCAAAAUAGGUUUGUUAUCAGUAUUACCCCACUGUACCAAAUAAUUUCAACUGUGAGUAAUAAUAGAUGUGUAUAUAAUAUUAGAUUAUUUUAAAAAGUGCAAUCGUAUUAGUAAUAGUUUAGUUUAGAUUUAAAUUAUUCGUAUAAUUAAUUGUUUAUAAAAAGUAUUACCAUCAAUUUUAUUGUAUAGUAAUUUUAAUUUUUAAAUUCGGUCCUUUUGUGAUUUGAACUGAUUUGAUAUUGGGUGUCGUCAUGCUAGCUUCGUUGCAGUCAAACAGUUUUUGAUGUGGGUCUUCUGUAGGCCCUUACUAAAAGAUACACUAGUUGCACAAUUUCACAAUUUUUGAUGGUUCUUUUACUCUCAAAUGUUUAGUGUGAAAAAUCCUAGCAUGAGAUGUCCCAUUGAGUGAGAAAAUUAAUAAGUAUUGCAUGUAAUUUAAUGUGUCAGCUAAUAUUUUGUAGCUAAGGAUGAUAAUUUUAGUUAAAAAAAAUAGAAUAAUUUUAAUCAUCCUCAGGUUUCAUGCCUAGGAUUGCAGUGAUUUGAAUAAAAUUCCAGUCAAGAGAUUAUUUAUUUUAUUUAUUAAGAAAUUGUUUAUCCAGUGUUAUUUUUUUGAGUGAUAUAAUAUAUUUAUUUUUUACCAAUGUGUCAAUAAUAAAUAAUGAAAACAUUUAGUCGUAGAAUACCAAUGUAUAGAUGUUAUUGUAUUUGAAAAUGAAUAAAAAUAAUUGAAACGUCUCAAUUACAA